CGGGCGGCCUGGCAGCUUGCGGCGUUGAGGUGUAUACGCCUUGAGAGGGCCGUCGGGCCGCGGAGUCGGGACCUGCUUCGGGGGCAUGAACAGAGGGGACGACGCCGAGAUCGCGAGGAAGAAAGAAGAAUCUGAGGCUCCGAGUGGAGAAGUGGCUUGCUUCAUUCAUUCAUUCGGUAACUACUGAGCAUCAGCCAGGAGCCAGGCGGUGUGCUGAGUGCCGGAGAUGGAAUCCUCAAAAUAGUAUUUCAUAGGGAUUGAUGGAAGCAGAAACCAAAACUCUUCCCCUGGAGAAUGCAUCCAUUCUUUCAGAGGGCUCCCUACAGGAAGGGCACCGGUUAUGGAUUGGCAACUUGGACCCCAAAAUCACAGAAUACCAUCUCCUCAGGCUGCUGCAGAAGUUUGGCACGGUGAAGCAGUUCGACUUCCUCUUCCACAAGUCAGGUGCUCUGGAGGGACAGCCUCGAGGGUACUGUUUCGUCAACUUUGAGACUAAGCAGGAAGCAGAACAGGCCAUCCAGUGUCUCAAUGGCAAGCUGGCCCUGUCUAAGAAGCUGGUGGUGCGCUGGGCACAUGCUCAAGUGAAGAGAUACGAUCAUAACAAGAAUGAUAAGAUCCUUCCAAUUAGUCUUGAGCCGUCCUCAAGCACUGAGCCUGCGCAGUCUAACCUAAGUGUCACUGCAAAGAUCAAAGCCAUUGAAGCAAAGCUGAAAAUGAUGGCAGAAAAUCCCGAUGCAGAGUAUCCAGCAGCGCCUGUUUAUUCCUACUUCAAGCCACCAGAUAAAAAAAGGACUACUCCUUAUUCUCGAACAGCUUGGAAAUCUCGAAGAUGAUGGUUAUGAAUGACUGCUGUCCACACCUGAGACCCUCUGCCUUUGUACUUGUAGCUGUGAACAGUACUGCCCGACAGAACACAGUCACAUGUUAGCGUUUGGUAACAUAGCAUUUUUGGAUGUCCUUCUUAUGGAUGUUUCUUCCCUGAAGUAUGUGUGGAAUUGAGCAUCAUCCAGAAUAAAUAGGAUUUUAUCCAAAACUGUGACUUGAAUGCUGGGAUGCUCUAGUUGGCUCGUUUGUUUGGAUUUGUAACUCCAGAAACAUUAUAUAGUGUGCCAGAAAGAAAGGCAAACACAAAGAACGUUAUCAUUCAAAUCAGGAAACUUAAUUUAUUAAGAGCUGUCUUUAAAAAAAAAAACAAAAACACAUUUUUCUGUGCUCAGUUGUCUUUACAACAUAAAGAAAAAGUAAAAAAACAAGGGAGGGAAGUAAGAAAUUUUGAAUCAUGCUCGAAACUGCUGUUCCAGAAUUUUCUAUGGAAAUCCCUCCAACUGGACUGAAAAGAAAAAGUUCUUGGCAAAAAGAGCUGGUUCUUUGAGCAAAUGUUGUGGUAAUCUGUUUAAGAAUUAUGCUUAUUGUUUCAAAAUCCCAAUUAGGAAAACAUGGUGUAUAUCUUUAAAAAGUGUUUGCGUCGACAAAACUGUAGACCAAAAUUUAGCAUUUUGUACCACAGCGGAAGUCCUGUUUGAAAAUCCAACUUGUAUUCUAUCGUGAUCAUUUUUUUAAAAAAUCUAAAUAAUCCUGCCUUCUAUAAUACCAAAUGUCAUUAUUAGUGUGGGACUUUUAAAGUUGCAUUUAUUGCAUGAGAUUGUUUUUAAUAGCAUGAGAAUGUUCUGUUUGGAAUUAUAUCAUGGUCAAUCUAAAUAGAAAAGCAGAUAUCUUUGAAAACUUAAACAUUGCUAUACUGAUUCUCUAUCAAACUUAUACCUUUAUUAAUAAUUGUGUAGGGGUCUGAGUAGAAGAAAUUGUCUUGUGUGGGGUGCGAUGGGGACACACAGUGGACACGGAAAGUCAGUGGGCAGACACUGCUCUGGCACCAAGAUUGUAAUGACCUCAUGUUUUAUGUGGUUUAUAAAGGCUUGAAAGAUUGCAUGACUUUUAAACAAUUCUUCACUUGUAGAACCUACUUCUCCUCAGAUAUUUUUUGCCACUUUGAACAUUGUGAACAUAACAACAGAGGAAGAAAAACAACCGAUCUGAGAGUCUGUUCCCGUCAGCAGUGUUGGUUGGUCAUUUUGGUGCCAGGUGGAUAGACUGUUUCACUGGGCAGCACCACUGCUUCUUUAGCAUGUAAAUCAUUUUGUUACUCAAGGUGCCACUCUUAGUGAUUGCAACUGUUUACUGUCAUUGUUCCCAACAAGAGGAGGCUCUCAUUGUAGGAGUUUAAGUCUUCCUAUGAGCAGAAAUGAAUUUAAGACAUUUGAACCAAAACUUCAGCAUAGUAAAGUGUUAUAAUUCACAGAAGUGGUUCAGAGAAAUUCCUAUCACCUCUUCCAAGGCAAAACUUUUCAGAUAUCUUUCAAUGUUAUUCUUCCUGCACUUAUGAACUCAGUGUAAGAUGCAAGUAACUCUCCUUCUGUUUGGGGGAUAGUUCAGGGAGGUGGGAGCAUUAUCUCCCAUUUUUCUGGUGACUUCUCUAAGAAUAUAGAAUUCACCGUUUUACCCUUGAGGUCCUCGAAGAGUUAUGGUGGAAUAGGACUUAAUGCAAAAUAAAUAGUCUUCUAUUUUUAAUAGGAACUUAGAAAAUACUUAACUUUGGAUUAUCUAGAGUUGUUUCCUUUAGAAACCAGAGCUAUUUAUUUGUAUUUAAAGCAAUGGUUAUUAUUUGUACCGAUUCUUACUCCUUUGUGUGAAUAAAUGCAAGACAGUGUC